UAGAGUACAUGUACUAGAUGAUAACAAUAUCUUUUCACUCUUUUCAAUGUCUUACACAUAACCCAGGGGCAACUUCCUUUUCCGUUCGUUUCUCGUGUCGCCGGUUGUUUUUACACGGUAAGAUGACUCAUCCACUUUUGUUUGAUGGUACCUGGGCCCAGCAGUGGAAGUAUGAAUCUGCCGAGGCUUUUUAUCAGCAAGUGUUAGCCGGCACGUCUGGGUCACAGCCACAAUCACAGAAUCAGGGAACAAAUCUUACACACGGCAGCAACUUAAUAUCCGAAAUAGCUCAAGCUCGUCAAAAUAUCCAUAAAGCUUUAAACGAAUUGGUCUGUGUUGAUUGUGUUGUGCAGGGUACCGGCGACAGAUCGACAGGUGGUGCUGCGAACCAACAGGUGUUAAACAGAAUCAAAGCCCUGGAAACUGAAAACAACAAUCUCAAGAAAAAUUCACAAGAUCUUACAUCCCUUGUAAAGAAACUUGAAGCAAGAGUAGCGGCCCUUGAGAUUGCAAACAAAGGCACAGCAAGUUCUACACCAGCAGACAGUAAACCUGCUGAACCAGCAAAAGAAGAAGACAGUGAUAGUGAUUUCGAUCCUUUUGGUGAUGAUGAUUCAUCAAGUGAAGAUGAAGAAACCAAAAAGAGAUUAGCAGAAUACGCAGCAAAGAAAGCUAAAAAAACUGCAGUUAUAGCAAAGUCAAGUUUGUUGUUAGACGUAAAACCAUGGGAUGAUGAGACUGAUAUGGCAGAGCUGGAGCGUUUAGUACGGACCAUAGAAAUGGAUGGCCUUGUUUGGGGAGCAGGGAAGUUAGUUCCAGUAGGAUAUGGUAUUAAAAAACUGCAAAUAAAUGCUGUAAUCGAAGAUGCUAAAGUCAGUACAGAUGACCUUGAAGACAAAAUUACAGCAUUUGAAGAUCUUGUCCAAAGUAUGGAUAUAGCUGCCUUCAACAAGAUCUAAAUGGACAUUUAACUUACAAAAUGUUAAUAGACAUAGCAUUACAUGUCCUUAAACCAGUAUCACAAUAAAACUCUUGUGUGUAACAGAUAUUUAUAAGUGUGAUUCUAGUUUAUAUAAAGUAUCAGGUCUAGAA